UUCAGGAAUGUCAUCAAACGACGAUAAAAAAAAGGCGACGUCUUACCAGAGUCAACUGCGAAGUCCCAUCACUGGAGGAGAUUGAAGCCACUAUGAAAACAUGGAAUCCAACUGUGAUACCUUGUAUAUAAUGUACUUUGUCUUGUCAAACUUAUGCUUGUUGUUUAUGGAUGUGUCAGAUGUACGAAAGUGUUGUGAAUGGUGUGUAGAACUAAGUAUGGAAAUGUGUGUAAUAAAUGUAUUGUAAACAGUAAACAUAUGUUGUAAAUAUUCACUAUAAGUAGAUUCUCACAGUGGCGACGAGAAAGGUGAACUGAACGUGAAGAAAAUUCGGCCAUAGUAAAGCAAAUUAGAUAUAGAACGAGUGUUGAUUUGAAACGUUUUGUGUGUUAUUUUUGCUUGGUGUUUUUCUUCGAUUAAUCAGAACUAUGGAUCGAUGGGAAAUCCAGCCGUUUUUGUUCAAGUCGAUGCCGCCCAAUGAGGUUCGUGAGCAAUGGAUGAAAUGGAAAAGGAAUUUCGAUUACAUUGUCGCAGCAUGCGGCGAAAAGGAUAAAACUAAAUUAAAGUAUCUGUUGCUAGCAAGAGCAGGUACGGAUGUUCAAGACGUUUUCCAAACCAUUCCUGAAGCGGAUGUUACAGAGGAUGUUGAGAACGGAAUUGAUCCUUAUCAGGUUGCAUUGGAAAAGCUCAAUGAAUAUUUUGCUCCCAAACAUCAUGAAUCCAUGGAGCGUCAUGUUUUCUGGACAUUAAAACCAGACACUAAUGAAAAUUUAGAAAAAUUCAUGCUAAGAGCUCGCGAACAAGCAUACAAAUGUAACUUUGGUUCGUCUAUUCAAGAAAGUCGGGAUAUCUGUGUGAUUGACAAAAUAAUUUUACUUGCUCCACCUGAUUUACGGGAAAAAUUGCUUCAGAAGGAUUCAUUGAAGUUAGACGAUGUGUUCAAAAUCGUUGCUUCCCACCAAUCGGUUAAAUACCAGGCUAGUCAGAUGAUUGUAGCUGGGCCUUCCGGAAUGUCAAGCACGCCAUUUGAUGUGAACCGUCUACAUGCAAACUCUAGUCGUUUCAAUAAAUUUCAUAAUUCCGAGUGUGGGAGGUGUGGCAAAAAAGGACAUUUUUCAAAUGAUCCGAAAUGCCUUGCAAAAGAUAAGGAAUGUCAUCUUUGCAAACGAGUAGGACAUUAUGCAAAGAAGUGUAAAACCGCCAAUGCAAAGGGUUCCAUACGUCCACCAGGUCAUGUACAACGCGAGGCUCAGCGAUCGUUUCAGCGGUCUACCAACCGUGUUAGAAAUAUUUCGGAAGAGCAGGAAGAAAGUGAACAGACUGAAGAGCCACCCCAGAGUUUCAUUUUCGCUAUUGGGGAUGGUGAUGAAUACAUCUGGAUCAAAAUAGGAGGAAUAAUGAUGCAAAUACUGAUCGAUUCCGGUAGUAAUAAAAACAUAAUUGAUGGUGAAACAUGGAAACGGUUGAAAGCGCAAGGAGUGGUCAUUAAAAAUUCAACUAAGAAAGUGGAUCAUCAGUUCCGUGGCUAUGGAAUGGAGGCAAAACCAAUGAAAGUGCUGGGUAUGUUUGAUUCCACGGUCGUGAUAGAGGUUGAUAAUAGUCAGCCGAUUAGUAGUGAGGCUCGCUUCUAUGUAGUUGAUAACGGAAAUCAACCACUUCUUGGAAAAGAAACUGCAAAAGAGUUGAAUGUUUUGCGCCUGGGUCUACCUAAGCAAGAAGCUAGUAUUCGUAAGAUUGUAUGCAAAACUGCGUUUCCGAAAAUAAAAGGGAUUAAACUACAUAUUCCUAUCGAUUUGACUGUGACUCCAAUAGCUCAACAUGUGAGAAGACCACCACUGGCGCUGCUUGGUCGAAUUGAGGACAAACUUGAUCAACUAGUAUCGGCUGACAUAAUCGAAAAAGUGGACGGGUUUAGCGACUGGGUUUCUCCAUUGAUCCCGCCCACGCUUCAAUCAAUGGUCCAGGGUCAUCCAUCGAUUGACGAUACAACCCAUUCGUUGGAAGUGAACGAUAGCCAGACCAGACCAAAGCGUACCACCCGUAGACCAAUGAAAUAUGAUGACUACGUCGAGGAAUAUAUUGAAUAG